AUGGAGAUCACGGACUACGGGACGUUAUCCAGGCUCCUUCGGGUCACCGCCUGGAUGCUGAGAUUUGCGAACAACGCUAGAUCUGCGAGACCAUCCGUGUCUGGUCCACUCACACUUGAGGAAAUCACGCAUGUUGAGAACUUUUGGAUCCGUCGCGUGCAGGCUGAGGCUUUCCCCCAUGAGGUUCCCGCUCUCAGCAAAGGAAACGUCGUCAAACCAUCAUCGUCCCUACAUGCGUUCCAACCGUUUUUGGACGCCAACGGCAUCAUGCGCGUCGGCGGCCGUCUUCAUCAACUGAACGUGGUCGACGCCAUAAAGCACCCCAUUCUUCUGCCAUCGAAGCAUCACUUUACGCAUCUCGUAAUACUCGACGCUCACCGACAAGCCCUGCACGCCGGAGUACAAGAUACUAUCACCCAAGUCAGGAACCGAUUUUGGGUCCUCCGGGCACGCCAGACGGUUCGUCGCGUCCUACACUCCUGCCUCAGCUGCCGCCGGCAGCGCGCCGAACUCGCUAGCGUUCCAACGGCCCCCCUCCCCCGCGAGAGAAUCACAGAGGCCAACCCCUUCUCGGUAGUUGGUCUGGAUUUCGCAGGACCGCUGUUCAUCACGAACGCCGCAUCAGGAAAAGCAUACAUCGUCCUUUUCUCGUGUGGCGUCACCCGAGCCAUCCACCUAGAGCUCGCAUCUUCUAUGAACGCUGUAGACUUUCUACUGGCCUUCCGUCGCUUCGUUUCAAGACGUGGUGUGCCCACCCUGGUCUAUUCAGACAACGCCCGAACGUUUCACAAGUGCGCAGCCAUCUUGUCUGCGCCCACCACAGCUGAAGUACAAGAUUUUGCAACUCAGCACCGUAUACAGUGGCGGUUCAUCGUCGAGCGAGCACCUUGGUGGGGCGGAUGGUGGGAACGCCUCAUCGGCACCGUGAAGGCUGCUCUAAGGCGAUGUCUCGGUAGAAGCCGCCUUACUUUCGAGCAACUAACUACAGCCCUAUGCGAGGUGGAAGCUCUCGUAAAUUCCCGCCCAUUAACCCACGUCGCAUCUGAUGUCGAGGAACUCGUACCCCUCACGCCAAGCCACUUUCUGAUAGGCAAACGAGCCAUCUCUCUACCGGGCGAACACGCUGCCAUCUCACAGCCUGACGCGGAGGGCCUCCGGCACAACUUCAGAGAAAUGCUGAAGGCGAAGGAACUCUUCUGGAAGCGCUGGAGAUACGAGUACCUUCUGCAGCUGAGGUCUGCCCACGUGACUGCGUCUCCUACCCAAAGUCGUUUCAAGAAAGGGGAUGUGGUGGUGCUUCAGGAAGAUAAUGUUCGUCCCCCUUUUUGGAAGCUCGGACGCAUAGCGAAGUUGAUACGAGGGAGAGAUGGGUUAGUGCGGGCAUGUUCAGUACGUCUCGCAAGCGGCACUACCAUAACCCGUCCAGUUCAAAGGCUUUGCCGUUUGGAAGCAGACGUCUCGUCACCCGCGGCCGGGGAUGGUGUUGCGGAUUAA